AUCAAUUAUUUUUUUCUUCUUUGUUAGCUUUUCUUACAGCAACCACCUUUUCAGGCCGACAGUAACUGGAUGCUUUCAGAAUGGCUGAAAUCAAAGCAGAACCUGCUCAACGUCAUACUCUGGCCAUCCCCAUGGCCGACGACUCAGCUCAGAAGCCCAAUAAAACUCAGCGUGUUGCCUCACUUGACAUUUUCAGAGGCCUUACUGUGGCGGUACUCUUCAUUUUCUCUGAUGAUUCUAGUAGAUGAUGCUGGAGGAGAGUGGCCUGUGAUUGGUCAUGCACCAUGGCACGGCUGCAACCUUGCCGAUUUCGUUAUGCCCUUCUUUCUUUUCAUUGUUGGCAUGGCCAUUCCUCUUGCUCUUAAGGUUAGAAUACCAGGUAAAGGCAAAGCUAUCCAGAAGGUGGGUUUCAGAACUUUGAAGCUCCUCUUUUGGGGUCUCUUACUACAAGGAGGGUAUUCUCAUGCUCCUGACAAGCUAACAUAUGGCGUUGAUAUGAAAAUGAUAAGAUUCUGUGGCAUUCUACAGAGAAUAGCUUUUGCAUAUCUGGUAGUGGCACUUGCAGAGAUUUUUCUGAAAGAUGCACAACCCAAAGAUGUUUCAGCUGGUCAUUUCUCUGUGUUCAGGUUAUACUGUUGGCAUUGGCUGGUGGGUGCAUGCAUACUUAUUAUGUACUUGGCUUUACUUUAUGGAACAUAUGUUCCUGACUGGCAGUUCACUGUCCAAAAUAAGGACAGUGCUGAUUAUGGGAAGGUUUUCACUGUAGCCUGCAAUGUGAGAGGAAAACUGGAUCCUCCUUGCAAUGCUGUGGGAUAUAUUGACAGAGAAGUAUUAGGGAUCAAUCACAUGUACCAACGACCAGCAUGGAGAAGAUCCAGGGCUUGCACUGUGAAUUCCCCUUAUGAGGGACCAUUUAAAGAUGCCGCUCCAUCAUGGUGCCAUGCACCCUUCGAACCUGAAGGGAUUCUAAGUUCAAUAUCUGCUGUUCUUUCUACAAUCAUUGGAGUCCAUUUUGGGCAUGUGCUUGUACAUUUGAAGGGUCAUUCUGAAAGACUGAGGCAGUGGAUCAUGAUGGGAAUUGCUCUCCUUAUUCUUGGAAUUGUUCUACAUUUCACAGCGAUUCCUUUGAAUAAACAGCUAUACACUUUCAGCUAUGUUUGUGUAACAUCUGGAGCAGCAGCACUUGUUUUCUCAGCCAUCUAUAUCCUGGUUGAUAUUUGGGAUCUGAAGCUGGUGUUUCUGCCAUUGAAAUGGAUUGGCAUGAAUGCCAUGCUGGUUUAUGUUAUGGCAGCUGAAGGGAUCUUUGCAGGUUUCAUCAAUGGAUGGUACUACCAGGAUCCACAUAAUACACUGGUAUAUUGGAUUCAAAAGCACAUAUUCAUUGGGGUUUGGCAUUCAAGAAGAGUAGGCAUUCUGCUCUAUGUUAUAUUUGCAGAGAUCCUCUUCUGGGCUAUCAUUGCAGGCAUUUUGCAUCGAUCAGGAAUUUAUUGGAAGCUUUGAGAUUUCCCCCAUUGCCAUAUGGAUACUCAGUAACUUGCAAUACUGAAAUAUUAGAUACUUAGUUGUUGAAAUAUUAUGUAAUUUGGGCCUCCUUGAAGCAUAAUUCCCAUCACGGACGACUUAAAUACUCGAUUGUUUUUGUAAGUGGUAGAGUGACCUUAUUGUCACGAUACACUGAGAUUCAAUCUUUUGUUGCUC